AUGAAAUUUCCCAACAACUCUUCAACAACUGGUAGCCUAGAAACCGAAUUAAACGAAAAUGACGAAAUAUUAGCUAAAAAAAACAGUGAAAUAAGUAGAUUGGUGAAUGAUUUAGCGGCUGCUUAUUCCACGAUUAGCCAACUAAAUAAGCAAAUAGUUAAUUGCGAGGAUGAACUAGACGAACAAGAACAAGAUUUAACAACGGCAGAGGAAAUAUUAGCCGACAAGAACCAAAAAAUAGCCCAAAAUCAGGUUAUUUUAAGCCAAGAACAAGCUAAUUUAUUGAGAGAAAAGCAAGACCGCCAAAGAACCCAAAAGAGUCUAACCCUCAAGGAAAAAAUAGCAGCAAACUCGAAAAUGAAAAUUCACAACUAG